AUGUCGGUAUUAUUCUUAUUUCUUCCUAAUCGUAACGCCUUCGCCUCGAUUAAUAAGAGAAUCGUGCUGGCACAACCCACUGUAAUUUUGGUCUCGUACGAUGGUUUCCGGUGGGACUACAUGGAGAAACUGAGUUCAUACUCCGAAUUUGAAUGUAAUCGCAAGUAAUGGCAUCAAGCGAAACACCUUCUCAAUACCUUUGUUACCAAGACAUUCCCGAAUCAUUUCACGUUAGUUUCAGCACUUUAUGAGGAAAGCCACGGGAUCGUAGCAAAUACGUUUUUUGAUCCUAUUUUCAACGACACUUUCUACUUAGAUGCCGUGUCAAAGCAUUACUUGGAUUCAAAAUGGUGGAACGGAGAACUGGUGUGGAUCACGAAUCAAAAAGCUUUUAAGAAAAGUGCUGUGGUGUUUUGGCCUGGUUCAGAAGUGAAAAUAGAAGGCCAGUACCCUACACACUAUUUACCUAUGAUCGGUCACUUUCCUUCGAGAAACGAAUAGAUUAUUUAUGUACAAUGUUAGAGCAGGAUGAUCCUCCAAGCUUUUUGGCCGCUUAUUUUAACGAGCCAGAUCACAGUGGGCAUAAAUUAGGCCCUAAUUCAUCAGAGAUUAAAAGUGUUGUUCGUAGAAUGGAUAAUGUCACUGGAUAUCUGUUGGAAAGUUUACGAAAUCGCGGAUUUUUGAAUCAGGUAAGAAGAUCUAAGCUUAAAUAAUAACCAAAUCAAUCAGUUUACUGUGAAAAGUUGACAUUAGCUGACGACAAUUGUUUCAUCAACAAUUAUGUACGCGAUGAUUACGUUUAUUUAAGCUUGACUACACCUUUGGUGUGGCAUCACGGAGCCCUUUCACUCCUUGCCAUUGUGUGCUGCUGGUCUGUGUCACAAACAAAACUAAAUCUAGCCUUGUGUUAUGCAUGCUGCAAUCAACCAAAAUAAUGCACACCCCCCGGGGAUUUGCAAUAUUUUUCUUUCUUGGAGGUCUAUUUCCCACUCUCGGGCACGCAGAAAAAGACAAUUCCCCACCCCCGAGGUUCUGAUCGACCUUAUAUACGUUUUUUGCUACAUCCGUUGAUCCGUACAAAAGGAAAUCGACACGUUUUCAUAGCUUUUAUGAACGUUUUCCUGAGUUUAUUGAGAGAAGGAUAAUGGAUGUCAUAAUGUAGUUAAAACAUGAACACUAAAUUUGAAAACAAAAACAAAGAAGAAAAAACUCCGUAAAAAGAGAACUCUUCAUGAGAACAUUGGACUGAAUCUCUGUUUCUCUAUAUAUAUCAAGAGCCUUGUAUUCAUUUCCAUAUAAAAACUUAUCAUUAUUUAAAGCUAAGCUAAAGAAAUAUUUCUGUCCUUCCUUUGCAGAAAAUAAUAUCCAUUCGAGCAUGCACCAUACGCACAUUCGUAAAAUCCAUUUGAGUAUGCAUCAUACGUACAUUCGUUUCAAGUUUUAAAACAUACCUUUAAAUACAGACUUUAAUUUUGAAAAGUUACUCCUCUCCAACCACUCUCUGACAAAUUUCUGCUUUUUUCCUUAAAAAUAUGUAGUCUUGAGGUCCGCAGCCAUUGUGUAAACCGUAUGAGAAAUAACACGUACUUCACAAAAUCAAAGAGAAGAUAUUUUUUGAUUCCCCCCCCCCCCACCCCCAGGACAGGACUGCCCGGGCCUGAAGGUGUGAACUAGUCCCGGGGGUUGCUGGAGGGGGGGAGGGGUUGAGGAGGAUGGUAACAAGUAAAAUUGAACCGUGCAUUAAGUCUGUGCAUGUCUGAGGACCGAAAUUCUUGUUCAGGGUCCUCAUGCAGCUGUGUAUCAGGAUUAGAGUUCAUCACAUGUGCUAUGAUUGGCCUGUAAAGAAGCCAUUGUUGGAUCAGCCAGUCUGAUUGGUAAUUUAUUGAGUCCAUUGUGGUUCCAGAACAACAGGGGCUCAUUCAAACCAGCCUCACUGAACUAGGCACACUUGAAUAAAUAUUCUUCAAAAUAAAAUAAAAAUAAAUAAACAAGGAAACCAGCUCUGCUUCACAGACCUCACUAGAUGGGUUUAGAUUACACCAGUGAUACAGGAUAUUUUGUGCUUGACUAGAUCAUACCCAAUGGCGAGGGUUAUUCACUACUAAAGCCAAUGAUGAUGCUACAUCAGAUGUCAACAUGAUGGAUUUUAUGUUCAGAAUAUCCCAUUCAUGACUCCCAGUGAUUCUGUUACCUCUGCGUUGUGCAUCUUUGAUGCAUAAAAAUCCCCAAAGACGCAAAAUAAUUCAUGGCAUUUAUCUUGUAGGACUCAAAGGUUGAUCAGUUGAUCUGAGGAUGCUUUUGUAUAAUAUCUUGUUCGUGUGGUUUCUGCGGCUGUUCUUGUGGCUACUUUUUAACAACGAAUAUUGGUUUGUCUUUCUUGUGCUUUACAAUAAAACUCUGUAUUACAGUUUCCUGAAUUUAAAAUACGAGACUGUAUUUUAAAUUCAGGAAACUGUAAUACAGAGUUUUGGAGUCAGAUUAACUGUCUGGUUACAUAAAGUCCCAAUUUAGAAUUCUUUGUUUAUUCAACUGGGACUCUUUGAUUCUUGCUGGGACUCAUGAUUUUUUACAAGAUGAGUCCCAGGGCCCACAACUAUUUGUAACAAAAUCACUGCACUCCUGGACAUUUUGCUGAAAAACACCUUUUAGAGUUAGUCAAUGGGCCAUUUUCUGGGUGCUGUACUCCAAAAAGAAGCAAAACUAGAUGGGUGCUCUCACCACUGUGCCACCCUUGCUUCCCAACUUUCAUUUUAAAGACUGUUUAAAUCUAGAUGAGUUAUAAUAUAAUGGCUACAAUAGUAUGCAUGCCCUGAUUGGCUGCUAAGCAGGCAUUAGUUUCUUGUAAAUUUAGCUACGCAUUACUAGCUGGUUGUCUAAAGCAUAUAAAAUCUGUGCUAAACUUGAUAGUAGAAAUCCUUAUAGCCUGAGUAUUAGGCCUUCCCCCAGAAACACCUGAUACUCAGGCUAACAUCCUUCAGGGCAUCCAUGUAAUAGUCAAUUGACAGCUGUCAAAUAGGGUAUCCACUGACCAGUGUCACAUGGCUGUAUUGUGGGGUCAAGUUUACAACUCACUGAAGUGCAGACAUGUUUUUUUUUACAGUUAUCCAGCUGUUUGUUUUAAUUGAUUGCAGGCUCAGGUCCAUAAUGAAAAGGCCUUAUAAUAAAUAACUUAUUAACCUCGUCCAUUCGGUCAUUACAGGGAAAUGUCUGACCUGCAGUCUGAGAUUUCCCUGUAAUGACCAACUGGACAAGGUUAAUAAGUGGUAGUUAUUGACUCUGGGGGGAAGUCAGUACUCCAGGAUUAAUUGGGCCUAUUAUUAUGUUGAACUGCAUUCAGCCUCAGGGCUCAAAUUAAACUGACUUGUUUUUAGAUAGAACAGGGCUACUAUAGGUCUCACAGCCGGUAAAAGCAUGCGGGUAUCUAGCUUUCUUUGUAGUGCAUGCAAAUUUUCAAAUUUGAUUGUUGUUGUCAAUGGUGGGUGAUGCUUGUAACAGCCAUUCACUCUGAUGAAGGCCAGUAAAGUUGGUCAAAAUAGGUGAAGGACGAAAAAAACAUACUUUUUUGCUCUUCAUUUGUGGUACUGGAUUUAUUCAAUUAUGAAGAGAAUGUCUUUUAGUAAAGGCUUGUGAUAUGUUAUAUAUAUGGUAAGAUGUAGUAACUCUUUACGUGUCCCAUAAUAUUAUUAUAAGGUAACAACUGAUGGAUCUAAAUGUAUUUCCAUUGUAUUUUUAUGACCCAUUUUAGGUAAACCUGAUUAUCACAAGCGACCAUGGCAUGGCAGAUGUCAACAACUCCCGUCUUAUCCAGCUGGAUCAUUACAUUCCAUCAGACUGGUAUACACUCAUCACUGAUCCAAACAGGGCAGACCAUGCUUCUAAUGUGUUUUUUCAUAUUCUACCCAAGAAAGGAAAGUUGAAUGAUACUUACCAAAAGCGCAAGACUGUUCCACAUCUAUAUACAUACCUUAAAGAAGAAAUACCUGAAGAGUUUCAUUACAGGCAUAACCGACGUGUCAUGCCAAUUUUCAUUUUGUCGCGGAAGAAGGAUGGACCAUUACAAAAAACAAGUUGAGAAUUGACAGUUGUGGUAACCAUGGCUACAGUAACCAAUUCCCUGAUAUGCACCCCUUUUUUCUUGCCCAAGGACCCGCAUUCAAAGAAGGCUUUGUUUCAGAACCAUUUGAAAAUGUGAAUAUAUACUCUCUUAUGUGUCAUUUACUGGGCAUUGAACCAGCGCCAAACAAUGGCUCAUUACAAGCAGUGCAGCAUCUGCUAAAGGAACACAAAUACAAUUAUACAGUGUUGAUAGUACGUAGUCAGUGUAAUUUCUGCUUUAGUUCUUUUGUUAAUGAGUUAUGGUAUUGUCUCAUUUUGUGUCAAAAAUCAUUGUAGAAUAAGGCAGUAUGGCCAUAUAUAUGACUUAGGAACAUCAGAAUUGUUUGAUUUGUAGACAGUUCCAUGUGAGUUAAGGGAGCUGUGUCACAAUUUUCUAGUCCAUUUUGCUAAUAUUGCAAAUAUUAAACGUCCUUGCUCAGAAUGGAACUUAGCUUCUAUGGCAAAAUUACUGGUAAAUUACAAAAUUACAGCUUCAAGUUGAACUAAAUAUGUCUCCCGGUCAAGAAUUAUUAUGUUACAGACAACAAAUCAUUUGAAAAACUGUUCAGUUUUGAGCUGUUAUUUUGAUGUCUCACUCAAUUAAUUGUUAAUUAUUAUUUUAUUGCUGAUUGGCCAGAAAAAAUCAGAAGCAGGCAAUUCAAACGCUUCUGGAACUGGUUCGGUAAGAGUAAGUGCCCAGGGCUCUUCUUGA